CUCUUCUCUCUCCUGGUCCUUGCAACGGCCGCUCCUACGCGACGUGCGUGGCCAUCCGGCUCCGUCACUUGCGGUAGUAACACCUACAGUCUUUCCGCCGUCAAAAGUGCUGUAUCAUACGGAUACUCCCUGAUUGAUGACUCAAUCGGAAGCAACAGCUAUCCUCACACAUUUAACAACUAUGAAGGUCUUAGCAUGUGGUGCUCUGGUGAAUCAGCCUACAACGAGUUCCCCAUCCUCAAGAGCGGGCUCUACAGCGGUGGCUCUCCGGGCGCAGACCGCGUUGUUUUCUCUGAUAACGGUAUUUAUUGCGCCGUUAUCACUCAUACCGGAGCUUCUGGAAACAACUUUGUCUCCUGCGAUGGCGAUUGA